AUGGAUGAUAUGGCUCAACCUCAACAAGAUACUUCAAUCAUGGAAAUCGAUAAUCAACCUUUAGACCAUCUUUCUCCUCGUUUAGAUGGAGUCACAAAAAUACCAAUACAUGUAGCAGAAAAUGACCCAGCUAUUGAUAAUGUAGACAUUCCAAUACCAUUGACACUGGAUAAUGAAUUGGUAACCAACAACGAAGAUGUAUUACUGCUAUUGAGCGCACUCAAGGUUUUACGUAACCAGCUGUCACAAGUAGAAUCUGAUAUCAAGCGGCUUGAUGAACUAAGAUCCAUGGCUAUAUCUGAUCCACGCAAGUUUAUAAAAGACUUUAUGGAAAAGAAGUUGGGACCCAUACCAAAAGGACAGAGAAUAUUCGCAUGUCCAGAAAUAGAUUUAGCCAAAUACGUCAAUCGAUCAAGACGUCAUCGUGUCGAAAUCAAUUACCCUCCUUUGUUCCGUCCGCAACUGUUUCGGACUACAACUGAUAAACCUUUGUACAACCCUCCACAGCUCGAUUUGGAUAUGCUAGAUCGGCUUGCUAGUCAACCCUCACCAGAUCAUUUAAAGCCUGCACCCUCCCUCACACGAACACAGUCACAACCAGUAAAACCACGAUCAUUCUCUCCUUCAUCCACGCUAUCGGCUUACGUUUCAAAUGUACCAAGCACCCCAAAGUCAUACUCUGUCUCUAAAUUUAAAAAACCUUUAAAGAGUUCAGAUCGACCUGGAAUUGGAAGAAGUGGGGAAAAUUAUAGGUUGUGGACGGUAGAAGAGCAGUAUAAACUUCGAGCCUUAUUAAAAGAGUUUCCUGAAAGCCCGCAGUUGUCUGGAAUGCAGUAUUUUGAAUUUCUUUCAAAGAAAAUGGGAUCGCGAACCAAAGUCCAGCUUCAUUCAUAUGUACGACAUAACCGGUUCACUAUUCCCAUGAACUCGCAACAAGACAAUGAUGAUAUGGACUCGGUCACGACAUUACCAUUUUCAGCAACACCAUCUGAUAAAAAUGACUAUGACGAAUUUGUACGAAAUAGCAAAACCGGCAAAAGAGGGUCAACUUCUAAAAGCAAGUCACGAAAUGAUGCUUCCUUGUUACAUACUCCUGUCAAACCACUCAAACCUUCAAAAAAAGACGAAGCAGUACUGUUGAGUUUAAAAAAUGCUCAGCCAGUACAUCAUGGAUAUCAAUGCGAUAUGUGUCUGAUUGAGCCCAUCGUUGGUACGCGAUGGCGAUGUAAAGACUGCACUGGUGAUAGUCAAGUUGAUUUAUGCUCAGAGUGUGUAGAUCUUGGAUUCAAAACUGAAACACAUGGAUCUGAUCACAAACUCGAGUCGAUUGCCGAGCCUGAGGAAUGGGAAGAGUCAUCCGCAUUCAACUACCUAGGAUUCUAA